AUGUUUUAUCUCAAACGUACCCUUUUGGUUCUAAUAGCAACCUCGUUCCUGGGUCUUGCCUCCCCAACUCUCGAAAGCCUGCGGUAUGAUGGCGAGCUUUUAGGUCGAAGAGGAAAUGUAUCAUCGAAGCCAGUCCAAGAAGGGUUUGCUUACAAGCGUCAAGAUGAUGGUGACGACAGCGGAGAUGGGAAUAUUUUAUGUCGUGCUGUUGAUAGUUCCAAGGACCGGAGGCCUGCAUGGAUUACUCGUAAACGUAGUCUAAGUUCAAUUCCUGCCAUUAGGAACAACACACUCAGCCAUGCAAUUGAAGAGAGAAGACUCCCUCUUCUAAAUCGCCAAGUCAACAUGGAUGAUUUCAUGGUAGAUAGAACUGAUGGUGAUGGAGAAAAUCGAGACUAUUAUACUGCGGUCUUCACUGGUCACGAUGAUGAAAGGGACCCAAAUGGAGAUUUGGUUAAUACUGCCGAGUUUGCACUACUUAAUCAAAGAUUGGACAUGGGUCUCCAAGGUCUUCAUGGCUGUACAGCUCUGGCUAUUGUGUCUCAGGAGGCGGUAUACUUUGCCCACUACUUUGAGGAUUUGUCUUGGGACCCGGAUACGUCGAGUCAAUUGGAUUUCGAAAACCGCGUCUUGAGGUUUUUAGACGAGGGGAGCCCGCGAUAUAAUCGCCCGUGGCCAAACAAUAGGUAUAUAGGCCUGAGAGAAGUGGCGCAUCAUUUCCAACACGGAGUGGAGGUCCACAUCAUGACACCCCAACUGGAGGUUGUAGACACGGAUGAUGACGGUGUAGAGUAUGUGGUUCCAGUUAAUUUGCACUAUAGAAAUAGAGUUAUGCAAUUGAUGGGGGCCGUUCAAACAAUCAUGCGAGAGCAAGGUUGGUUUGUUUGGCCUUCAAUUUGGGCAUAUCAAGCGCUAGAUAGCAGCGAUCCGGAAGGUGACUGGCUAUUAGACAAUACAUUGAGAGGGAAAGCGCUUUACCAGUUUGAUCCAUUUGGAACCACAACAAGACAAAGAGCAAGACUAAUAAUGGAAGGCGAGCAGUUAAUGGGCCAAGUAAACGACGUCCGAUUUGGACAAGUCUACAUACAAGAUUGGUCAGCUGUAGAUAUCCGUUCAAUGGAUGAGACGACGCUCUCAUGUGGAGGCCAAAUGUACUCCGAAAGCGAGCACACCUGUUAUGGAGAAGUGCUAUGUCCUAUAAUUAGUGGCAUUUCUACGCUUCUUUGUGGAUCAGAAUGCUAUCUUGAAUCCCUUUAUACCUGCUAUGGAACAUCUUUAUGCCCUGUUGUUGACGAUGUUCCCACCUUGCAGUGUGGAUCUGCUUGUUAUCUUGAAUCUCAAUAUAGCUGUUUGGCAUCGCAAUUAAUUCAAGUUUCACCCGACACUCCGCCGCCAUAUACUCAAUCAGGAAUCGUAACAUCCACUCACAUUCCGGGCCAAGGAAGCGAGGUAAUAAUCAACGGGACGACUUAUCAGAUUGGAAGCCAAGCUUCCACUCUGACUGGCGGUGGAGCACCCAUUGUCAUUGGACCUGGUACCAUAGUUGUCGGCUCAGAGACAAUGACCUUUCCUGCUUUUCCGACGGCACCAAUUGUGUUUACUGCUGAUGGCAUUACAAUUACGCUGAAACCAUCUCGACCUCAAAGCUCCUCGGGCGCAUCAUCGACACGGACUGCAGUCCCUACCUCUCCUCCGGUUCCCACGCAAGUAAUUAUUGCCGGCUCAACAUUCACAUUAGGGCCAACGAGCUCCGCAAUUACAGCCGAUGGGGCUGUAAUAAUAAUUGGUUCCAGUGAAAUUGUCAUUGGCACGGAUACUGUCAAUAUUCCAGCGAGCGUGACUGGAGCAUUCCCAAUGACUACAGAUGGAAUCACUUUCACUGUUAUUCCUGGGUCUAGUUCCGCUACAUCAACCGCCGUGCCAGGAGGCACUCCCACCCGAAGCCUACCUACCCCAACGAAUACUCCAUUUGAGCCUAUAACUCAGACGAUCGAAACUUUGAUUGCUUCAGAUGGCUCCAGUACGCAUUACAUAACUUUCAGACCCGCAACAAUGACACAGUUUGCCUCAAUUACAGCUUUAACUUCAAUAACAACUAUCCAGAAUGAGCAUCCUACAACCAUAGUCGUUGGUCCUGGGGGUGUAGUCUGGGAAACCUUUGAGAGCACGAGCUUAAGUGGAUUCCCUCCAAUAGUGUACCCAUCUCUACCGCCAUAUCCACGAGGCUCAAGUUCCAUCGUUUCGCCGACGUCCUCCUCGAUCAGUACAGAUCCUUUCCCAUCAUCGGAGUUUCCUUUACCCCCAAUUGUCACCACAGAAGUGACGACUACAGGGCCAAACGGCCCCAUUGUAACUACGGUGACUGGAACUACAAACGUGGAUGGUAUCGUGACACCAGUGGUGACUUUAUCUACUGACGGUGCCAUUAAUACAGCCAGUUCUUUGGUAUCACAAUAUAGGAGAAUAUCCAGCAUCAUCAAUUCAUUCUCAUCUAGUACAGCAGAUUCUGCUCAAGCUAGUGCGGCAGUUGCCGCAGUGAAGGGUGGCGAAUCAGACACAAAUUCUUUUGGACGGGCCUUGGGCAAUGCACUGUCUGGGCUGUGUUUCAUCUUUUGCGGAACAAUUAGUUCGGCAGCAAAGCUUUUAGACAGCCUAGACACGGUUAUAAAACAUGUGCUUGAUGGAUCGACUAGCACUGGAUCAUUAACUCCUCUCUUGACUGGUCUUUCGGAAAUAGCGAAUGAGCUUGAAAAGGAAGUAGAGCACGAGAAAGGGCUUACAUCACAAUCGACAUUAGCCCCAACGAGCUCCUCACAAUGCGUCAUUGCUACUGUUGCGAACUGCGAGGUACAUUGCGCCACAGGGUUUAUUAAAGCUACUGUGAUGACUUCAAGCUGUUUCUCAAGUGCUUGCAGCAUAAUCAGCUCUUGUAGUGCAACUGAAGCAACCUCAACGAUAACGCAGUCAAGCUUUUGUCCAACUUCACGCCAGUCAGCAGGACCAAUGACUUUAUUCUCUUACCCAGGAUUUGUUCGACUUCCAAUGGGAACAUGGGGACCGGAUGACCCUGAUACCAGCACAACUAUCACUACCUUCACUUCUGAAAUUUCAAGUAUUCCUCCAAGCACCUUCAUCACUUCAACUACCCCACCAACCCCCACACCUUCACCAAUAAUUUGUGGUAGUCCCCGGGCCUGUGAUGCCGAUGGAUGUGCCGGAACACUUGUCCAUAAUGAAGCGACAUGCAAAGGCAACUUUGCGACUUGUACAUGCAUUCCUAAUGCCAACACUCCUGGGUUCUCGUGCGGAAAUCCGCAAUCAUGUGAAAGCAACAACUGUGUUGGAAAAUUUGCCGAGGGAAAGGCUACAUGCACGAAUGCUUCUGCUGGCUGCAAGUGCUUCCCAUCCACAAAUACUCCAGGAUUUUCAUGUAGAAAUCCGCAAUCAUGCGAAGCCGACGAUUGUGGUGGAACAACCAGCGUAAGCCACGUCUCUACUUGCAAAAACAACUUCGCUGGAUGUCCUUGCCUCCCAAGUAAGAAUACGCCGGGACUUUCUUCGGGAGAGAAUCUCAUCUUGAGCGAUUGUGGCAUCGGACUUGGCGAUAACGGCGGUUCGACAUCUAGAGAGAUGAUGUACUACUCUGGCGAUGUCUGGCGAUCUGACGGAUCCGUCGCCAGCAAACCAAACAUGAUGGUUAACGUCCCUUGGGACGGAUCGUAUCCUUGGAGGGGUAGCGGUGUCUCGGCAACAUUUCCCAAUGGCGAUACAUUCAAAGUCACCAUCAACCCCGGUUUGAGUGAUCCUUCAUGGGCCGGUUAUGCAUUCCAUACCUACAACGAAGUAGUAUUGAUUUGCUAUUCCUUUCAUAAGGAAAAGGUAUAUCAACUCGAUGACGGGAAAUGGUGCUCCUCUGCUUAUGUCUGCACUCACGGCGACCCUCCAGUAUUCGAUUCGAAACCAGAGCCUAUCCCCAAGCCUAUCCCCAAGCCUACCCCGGACCCUAUACCCGAAUAUGGCUUUAAAACACACAUCUCCUCGAAUAAAGAUUUCGUCAAUAUUUAUUUCCAAACCGCUACUCAAGUAUUUAGCCACCUUGAACACAAAUUCGGCAAUGGAAGGGACUGUGUGGAGACACCCGUUAGUCUCAACAGUCAGUGUGCGAUUACUUUCAAGUGUCAUACCGAAGGGGGACUUACUCUUUACGACAUGGCCAGUUUCCUAAUCUAUGGCAUGCCAAAAGUUCCAGGUUUUGCUUUCUACGAGGAAGACACUUAUCAGGUUUGCAAGAAGUACGAUUCUCGGCCCGGUCAUGAAGGUGAAUGCCUGGGGUAUACGGACAAAGUCGAUACUUACGUAGUCAUCCCCAAGUCACUGGAUAUAAACGUGGAGACUGUUCUUUUGAAUGGAUCUGGUGGGCAACCCAAGCCCCAAGCAACGCUGAGGUAUGAUAUUACAUGUGCCAGGAGCUCGUGGAGCUGCAACAUGUGCACUCUUAUCAGAACUUCGCCUCCACCUCCCGUGGCUUGGGGAGGGGAGGUUUCAUUGGCUUGCGAGCAAGCAUGUUAA